AUGGAAAGCGUAGCAUAUAUGAGUAAUGAUCACUUCAUUUGGACGAAUGAAAAUGCAGAUGUUGAAUUAAUUGAGCCUAGAAUCACGGCGUCAAUCGAUAAAAAUUGUUCGAGAGAGGUCUGUUAUCGAGGAAUAACGGUGAAUGCACUCAAGGUAUGUGGUGUUGUGUUCGGUCGUCGUUUAUUCUCGUUGCCGCAUGUUCGAACGCGCAAUUCGGUAUCGAUUACGAUCAGUCGUCGUCCAACGAAAUGCUUCAAAGUGGAUGAUGAAUACCCGAAUAUUCAACGCACUGAACUGUUGGUUUGCAUCAUCUUAUUGAUCAGUUGUUAUCGGUAA